CAACUUUUAACUUUUAAAUUUUUAUUAUUGACAAAUAUUCGAAAAAUUUAAUGUUAACAGGGUGAUUUGUGACGAGCAACAGUAUAAAGUCAACAUUAAACAAUCAUACCUAAAAUACGUUUUAGGUAUGAAUAUUACUACAUUCCUUAGAAAAUUUUCUCUAUGUAGUUGCCUACAACGGAAAGUAACUACCAAUGCUCUUAAAUCUAAGACAAAAAAUACCAGUUCAAAACAGUGGCUCUCCAGACAACUAUCAGAUCCAUAUGUGGAAAAAGCUAAACUAAUGAAUUAUAGAUGUCGCAGCGCCUUUAAAUUACUAGAAAUAAAUGAUAAGUAUCAUAUCUUAAAACCUGGACAUGUGGUUCUCGACGUGGGUGCAGCUCCAGGUUCUUGGUCUCAAGUUUUAGCACACACAGUUAACUCAAAUGAAAGUGACAAGGACUUACCAACUGGUGUAGUAAUUGCCAUUGAUAAACAAAAUAUUUAUCCUAUAGAUGGUGUACAUAUUUUUGGCAAUAUGGAUUUUACAAGUAUAGAAACACAGAAGAAAAUUUUAGAAUUUUUAAAUAAGAGAACAGUGGAUGCAGUUGUGUCAGAUAUGGCGCCUAGUGCUACUGGUAUAAGAUAUAUGGACAAUGAAAAUAUGUUAAAAUUGUGUUAUAGCGUUUUAAGAUUUGCUCUAGAGAUAUCUGUUAAAAAUGCAUCAUUUUUAGUUAAAUUGUGGCAAUGUGGUGAGACAAAACAACUAGAAAAUGAUAUUGCCCAAUUUUAUAAUAAAGUUAAAGUAGUUAAACCAAGUGCUAGUAGGUCAGAUUCAACAGAAAUCUAUUUAUUAGGUAGAGAAUUUAAAGGACUUAAAACUUGAUAUUUGUAUAUAGCUGUAUGUUAAAACUAAAUAAAUCACUGUA